AUGUCUUACGUAAGCGGUUCUGGCGAGACGGCCGUGAUACGCUUCUCGGACAAGCAGCGAGCGGAGUUCGAGCGGCAGGUGGCCAAGACCUGGGGCGCGGUAGACGUGGUCUGCCGGCGGCUCGGCAGUGAGGUGAUUUCCUGCUCGGACGAGUGGUUCGGCGAAGCCGCGCGGCUAGUGCACGAGUCGGCGCCAGUGCGCGAGGCUGGGCGCUUCACCGAGGCCGGCGCGUGGUACGAUGGUUGGGAGACACGGCGGCACAACCCGGCGCCCUACGACUGGGUGAUCAUAAAGCUGGGCGUGUACUCGGCGCGCAUAGUGGGGUGCGAGGUCGACACAGCGUACUUCGACGGCAACCAUGCUCCGUCCAUUUCAGUAGAUGCCCUGCGCGCAGAGACAGGGCCCGUGGAGGAAGACGACCCCCGCUGGGCCGAGGUAGUGCCGCGCGUGGAGUGUGGCCCCUCGCGGCGGCACUUCUUCCUGCGCAAGCACCGCACGGAUGCCGCGUACACGCAUGUGAAGCUCAAGAUGUACCCCGACGGCGGUAUCGCGCGUUUCCGCCUUUACGGACAGGUGCUGCCGGUGCCGGCGAGCGGGCUCUACGGGACAGCGCACCAGGACGGGUCGUUCACGAUCAACCUUGCCGGCGUCCACCAGGGCGCGGUAGCGCUGCAGGCUUCGGACCAGCACUUUGGGAACGUGGAAAACCUGCUCCUGCCCGGCCGCGGCCACGACAUGUCCGACGGAUGGGAGACAAGACGCUCGCGCGAGCCAGGCCACUGUGACUGGGCGAUUAUCCGCCUGGCCCGGCGCUCUCACUACCUCAGUCGCAUUGUGGUCGACACCAUUCACUUUCGCGGCAACUUUCCUCAAUACGUAACAGUACAUGGCAUAUGCAAGGACUCGCCGCCGGAGCAUGACGACCCUGGUUGGCAGCUGAUAGUGGACCGCAGCGCGACGGGUCCCGACCAGGAGCACGAGUAUGCGGUGGACAAGUUCAUUUUCCUCACGCACGUCAAGCUCACUAUUAUACCUGACGGCGGAGUUAAGCGGCUCUGUGUCUGGGGCUACUAG